CAAUCGGGAGGGGGCGCGGGUCGGGGUCUGCCGUAAUUGUGGCCAAUCGCUGUGGCUGCCCACCGUGCCCUCCCCGCGUCUCUCAUCGCGUCCUCUCCUUCCCUCCCCUCUUCUCUUCAUGCCGUACCCUGGCCCCCAGCCGGCCCACAGGAAGACCUUUGCUGUCAAGCACGCCGACGGCGAGCCACUCACCCGGCUCGACCUCCAGUAUGACCUCCUCGAUUACAUAUUCUCCAACUCCCAGGCCGAAUUCACCGAUCCAUAUCCCACUCUGAGCGGCGAUCCCCCAGGAACAAAGGUCACCUUCCGUGACCUCUACGUUAAUUGUCUGCUCCAUUCCCCACAGUGCUCAAAGGCCUCGCGAGACAAAAUAUUAGAGUCCCCCGAGUUCGGCGUCGAAUUCGCCAAGAUGUCACUCCUUUCAAACGUUGGGCGUAUUAAUACCACCAUGGCCUUCUUCCCGGAGAUGCGCACUGCAUUAAGGACAUAUCAUCCUGUCCCUUCAUUGCAGAAGACAGAUGGAAAUCUCCAGGAUGCCCCCCGCAUCAAGAACAUUCUGAAAUCCUGUGCGCUGGAAAGUGAGACGCAGGGUAUCAUCAUGACCCCCCAGGACGUGCUAGCCCGAUCCCGGUCAGGGCAGGUGCCACCCACUAGCAUCGUCAACCUUAUAUUCACCUUCUCGCUCAACGCAGGAACAAUCGGGCGCUCGCAUUUCAGCCGCCAACGUCCAUACGACUUUAUCGACUUCUUCACUCCUCUCCACAUAUCGUCUGCGUCCCGCGCGCGCGCAUUCCUCUGGCUCUGCUACCACUAUCACGAGGCGCCGUCACCCAAUCCUUUUGCCGACGAGCAUGCGAAUGCUCACCAGAGUCAGAUCCCCCUACUUGUUGUGCUUUCUCCCGAGGAGGCUGCGCGCGAGAACGUCGACCCCCCUGAUGAGAAAGAGUGGGGAGCGCGGAUGACCUGUCAACGCAAGGAGUUCUUGGAGACCAAGGCCAGAGAAGAAGAGCAAGACUCGCUGGAAGGAGAGCGGGAACGACCUAAACCACGAGGAGCCGCGGCUCGCAAUAGGGCCAAGGGCAAAGCAAAGGCAAUCAAUCUGCCUGAGGCGCCAAACGUUCAAACCAGAGAUAGGGCAUUGUCUCCAUAUUUUGAAGGACAAAUAUACCUGCCUCAAUCGAGACAUGAUCAUCCAGCCAAUUCGCACUUCAGCGGUCCUUCAUCAGAGCACACGCCAAACUCGUACUAUGAUCUGUCACCCGCGCCAUCAAGACACCGUUCUCCAACUCCUUUACGGCUGUCCUCGCCUCGCCCUGAGCGUCUGCCUUCCAUUCCAGAGAUGCUGUCGGACCCCGCAGGAUACGUCGGAACUUAUGCUCCACGGCCUUCUCCGGAAUAUUCUUUCCAACCGCACAAUGGUAAGCUACCGCGCGCCUACUCGCGUAAACAUCGCCACUCGGUGUCACGCUACUCCCCAUAUCCUAUGGCUUCGUACGAUGCGCCUUACAUACCAUCACAAUACACCGUCCCUGCAUAUACCCCACCGAUCUACCCCACCAUCCCGGUAAACCGAGGCGUUCCCCGCCGCUCGAUGCUUGAACAGGCAUGGCACACCUCAAUGAACAGAGACCCUUUGCACUCCGACGACGAGUCUGCGGACGAAAACACUCGUCUCGAUUAUGUGCUACGGUUGCGCAUCAUCAGCCGUCUUCGGGGUAAAGAGCCGACGCCAGAUCCUGAAGACGAGCCCAUACCCCAUCACGUCCACAAUACACUAUGACAUUCCUUCGCAUGCCCACCAUAGCUACUAAUUUCAGAUGAUUCUUGUUUUGAUACCUGUAAUGUGCAGCAGCAGUGAUUCGAACACUAUUCCAUGUAGUCAAAAUUUCGCUGGAUUCCUUCGCCUAGCUAGGUCUUCCGCUGUAGCAUCCCGGACUUGCAUACAUAGUUUACACAUUCCUUGGUUAUACCUCUCGCAUGUACCGUUGAAUACUUCAAAGUCAUGGAAAGGACAAGUCCGUCAUCAGUC